CCCGCCAUCAGCUGAGGUUUAUUUAUCGCCUCCACUCUGAUGGAUAUAUUUUAACCCAAUUCUCCAUAUCCAUGGCCACUUUGAACGAAACCCUGCGCUCCCACUGGCUCAUAUCCCUCUUCGGCCUGAUCCUGUUCAUUGCCGGGAGCACCGUCCUCUACUGGAACGAGGGACGAGCGGUGCACAACAUGAUGGCUUUGGACGAGGCCCACGCCGACAUCUACUCCGUGCGGUUCACGGAGGAGGAGCAGGAAAUUGGCCUGGACGGACGGAUUGUCCAUCUCUCCGGCCCCAUUCUAGUGGGCGAACCGCUUACAGAGCCGGACUACAACAUCCAGCUGCUGGCGGUGAAGCUGCGCCGGAGGGUCCAGAUGUAUCAGUGGGUCGAGGAGACGGUCGAGCACAAUUACGGCGAGAGCGUGGGCUCCACGCAGUCAGACUCCCGCACCUACUACUACACACGGGAGUGGCGGGACAAGAUCGUGGACUCGCGCAACUUUUACAACCGCCAUGGACACACCAAUCCCACCCACUUUCCCAUCGAGAGCCAUGUCCAGGUGGCUGACGCCGUCUACAUCGGUCGCUACGAGCUGGGAGCGGAGGUGAAGGCCAAGUUUGGCAACUACCAGGAGCUAACCUCCGAUAUCCGGCCCGAGGAUAGCAGCGUAAAGCUACACCUGGGCAUCUACUAUCACACCAACGAUGUGUUCAAUCCGGAGGUGGGUGACCUUCGCCUCCUCUUCAGCUUUGCCGGCAUGGAGGGCGAGACGUACAGCGUGGUGGGCAAGCUGAACGGCAACAGGCUGGAGCCAUAUGUCACCUCACGCGGUGUACCCGUGUUGCUCGUCUAUCCGGGCGGUCUCAGUGUUCAGGAGGUAUUCCGGUUGGAGUCGCGCGCACAGGUGCUGCACACCUGGUGGUGGCGCUUCGUCGGUUGGCUGCUCAUCUUCUUUGGCGUCACCUGCAACAGCAAAAUUCUUCGUCUACUGUUUGUUCACGUUCCCCUCUUGAUUUCCUUGGCACCGGAUCCUCAAUUCCCGGUGACGGGCAAUUUACUCAUCGCCUUCUCGCUGGCCCUCACCAUUGCGGCAGUGGCCUGGAUCCUGCACCGUCCUGUGAUCGGCGCCUGCCUCUUUCUGGCCGGCGUCUCGCCCUACGUCUGGUUCACCCGCAACUUGGUUGACUACCACCGCCUGGACUGAUGGGACACUCCUCUCAUCUCGAUUUUAUUUACAGGUUUAUUUAUUUGUUGAUUCUCCUUGUUAGACUGUCGAUGCCAUGUCGCCCCCCAUUUGGCCAUUAAAACUUAAUAACACUUA